AUGGAGAGGAAGUUUGGUUUUCAUCCAAGGUGUUCGAAUAUCAAGCUCACUCAUCUAUGCUUUGCGGAGGAUCUCAUGAUCUUUUCUGAUGGACAGAUACGAUCGAUGGAAGGUAUUCUUGAUGUUUUCAAGGAAUUUUCGAGAAUGUCAGGGCUACAGGUCAGUGCGGAAAAAUUGACUGCUUAUAUCGCUGGUGUUUCUGAUAUAGUGAGACAGGAUAUCAGGCACAGGUUUUUGUUUGAGAUUGGCGAUUUACCAGUCAGAUACUUAGGUCUCCCUUUGCUUACAAAGCAGAUGAGAUCGCUUGACUAUGCUCCGCUCAUAGAUAAGAUCAGAAGCCGUAUCAAUACGUGGACAGCUCGAACUAUUGUGGAGGAUCAUGACAGCAAAAAACUCGCUUUGGGUUCAAUGGAUAAGUACAAAUUUGAUGAGAGAUGCAGGGAGUUAGCAGAAAAUUUUCUAAAAGUGGAGAUCCACAAUGGUCAAAAGGCUUUAUUUUGGUACGAUAAUUGGUCGUCAAUGGGGCCUUUGUUAUCAAAGUUUGGUGCGCAGGGCUGUGUUGAUUUGGGUAUUGCUCAUACGUCUACUCUGAAGGACGUAGAGGAGGAGAUUGAGGGAAUUAAACAGAGCUAUAGAGAAGAUGAAUCUGAUGUAUUUCUUUGGAAGUCAUCGGUGGACAAUUACAAGUGCUGCUUCAGCUCUAAAGCAACUCGGGAUCAGCUUAUAAAUCAUUCUCCACAGGUCCCUUGGGCUGCGGGGAUCUGGUUUAAGCACCACCAUCCGAAGUUUGCUUUCAUAACCUGGUUAACGUGCUUCAUCGACUUGCGACAGGUGAUCGUGUGCGAGCUUGGAAUCUUCAUGCGCAAGCCAACUGUGUGUUCUGUAAUGACGAGCUUGAAACGCGAGAUCAUCUCUACUUUCGAUGUCCUUUUACUGCGAGAAUAUGGGGCCACUUGA